UCCUCAUUUUGUUUCAACCUCCCUUCCUAAUCCAUCUCCUUUCCUCUUUUAUGUUGCCAUCUUCUUAUUCUCCCCUUCCUUACCUUACUCCCCAAAAUGUUUCCCUUUCCUAUCUCCUCCUCUCCCCUUCUAUUCUUUUCCUUCGUGGAUGCUUCUGUACAGCACAACUUACAAUAAAUGCAAGAACAAAAGCUGUGUUAGCAGACAUUGCUAGGAGCUGCGGCAGAAAUCCUUAGAGGAAUUUAUUAAUGGCAGUGGGACGGCACUAAGUGCUGGAUGGGGUGUGGUAGCACAGCCAGCCGUGCUGUCUCUUGUCCGGUCGUCAGUUUAUUCCACCACCGAGGAACCAAUCAGAGAGGAAUCUUGACCGAGAUGAUAAGCGACCACAGCAGCCUCAGAGUGACAAGGCAGAAACUGACCAGAAGAGAUCAGAUCAGCUGGAGUUUGUAAUGGAAAAGUUUGAUGCCUGCAUAUCUUGCAGAGGUUCAACAGAAUUAAAAUGGCAUGAAAUGGCAAUCAAACUGUGAUUCUAUAAAAGAUGUUCUCAUUAAAAACAGCUGAGAAUUUCUGUUAAAGGAUCCCAUUCCUGAUAUCAACCGCAUUUUAAUGCUCAACACCAGUGUUAUGUCUGCACAUUAAGUAUGAAGCCACUGCCAAAGCCAGUUAGCAUUGCAUAGCAUAGCAUAAAGACUGGAAGCAAGCCAGGCUCUCUCUCUCUCUAGAGAAAGAGAGAGACUAUAAAUCAAUAGCCUAGCACAUAUACCACAUACUUUAUAACAAAACCACAACAUGUUGUUUUUAUAAUUUAAAUUUUAUAUGGAUUAAACAAACAUGAUAUAAUGUGCUAAUCAGUGAACUUCAGAGGUGCUGGUGGCUGAUGUUACCUUUGGAGAGAGCCAUGCUAACUGUUUCCAAUCUGUAUGCUAAGCUAAGAUAAUCAAAUGAAUAUUUAUCAUACAGACAGGUGACACAUAAAAGGUAAAACUAGCAUAAAUGGUCCCAGUAAGGUGUUGGCCACCACAUGCCACCAGAACAGCUUCAGUGCUCCUUGGCAUUGACUUUCCAAGUCUCUGAACUCUACUGGACAGAUGAACACCAUUCUUCCAAAAGAUAUUCUCUCAUUUCUAAUGAUGGUGAUGGAGAGCAUUGCCUAACACGUCAGUCCAAAGUCUCCCAUGUGUUCAGCUGGGUUGGCCACAGCAUGUGAUUCAUGUCAUUUUCAUCCUCAUCAAACCAUUCAGUGACCUGUCGUGUCAUCCUGGAAGUGACCACUUAUUUAUUGAGGUUUUUCCUUUAAUUGCUUUUCUUUAAAUGCCUAUAUAUUUUCUUUAAAAGACGUUCCUUUUUCAAGAACCACUUACCUAAUUGUUUUCACCUAUUAGCCUGAUUAGAUUUCCUAAUUUGUCAAACUGUACACUUUGGGCCCUAAUUUGAACCAUGCAUUGAAAAACUGAUGUUUUUCAGUUUUGUUUUAGCUUUAAACUUCUUGGGUCUAGGGUAAGAACUGUUUCUUGUUGUUGUUUAUUCCAGCCAUGUAUCCCAGUGGACCUGCACCCAACGUGUUUGGUAGUGUGCCCGGGAGCACCUGUGUAUCCCCCUCUCAAUGUCCCUGCAGCCAAUAUGUUUGGCAACGUGCCCGGCUAUGAGGCAGGAUCAGCUGUGUAUCCCCCUCUCAAUGUCCCUGCAGCCAAUAUGUUUGGCAACGUGCCCGGCUAUGAGGCAGGAUCAGGAGGUUAUCUUCCCCCUCCCAUGCCUGUGGAGCCUGUAACCCCGCCCCAAAGAGGCUCUGUACCUGACAGCUGGAGUAUCCCCUCUCUGUCAGAGGAUGUAGCUCGUGAGGCGUUCAAGAAUUUUGUAUCAUCUCAGUGCUGCUACAGUAGCUCUCCGGCCAACGAGGGAGUCAUCACCAAAAUGGAGCCAUACAACACGUUCAGGUACCGACUGGAGACAUUCACUGAGUCCAGGUCAACUGAGUGGACCCACAAACCUCAUGAAGGUGAGAUGGCUGACUUCAACACCCAGACAGCCCCUCUGCCCUGGGAGAUCAAGGCCACACCCCCCAACCUCUUCACCAAUCACAAGCAGGAACUCCGGAUUCCCUUUACCUCCUCUGUUAAGGACUGCCAUACCUGCGUUGCCACAGGGAAGGUGCCGUGUGAUGGGUGCAAAGGAAGUGGACAUAAAUCGUGCAGCAUGUGUAACGGUUCUGGGAAGAAGAAUGAGGAGCACUGCACUCAAUGUGAUGCCACAGGCAAACAGAAGUGUACAAUGUGUAAUGCUCAGGGAAUGAAAGAGUGCCAAACCUGUAAGGGAAAACAGCGAUUACUCACCUUCAUCCAGCUCAAGGUGGAGUGGACUAACCACGUGGAGGACUUCAUGGUGGAGCAGAACUCUGGUCUGAAGGCUGAUGAGCUUCACUCAGCGAACGGGAAGGAGCUGCUCAAGAUCAGCCAGUACCUGGCCUCUCCACUGUUUGAGUUCCCAAACCCAACCAUUGCUGAGGCAUCUGAGCGUCUGAUUAAAGAGCACCAAAGCAACCAUGGCCAGACCUCCAGGAUCCUGCAGCAGAGGCAGACAGUCGAGCUGAUCCCCAUCACUAAGGUGAACUACAGCUGGAAAGGUGCGUCUCAUGUCUAUGUGGUCUAUGGCAACAAUAACCAUGUCAGCGCUGAGAACUACCCGGCAACCUGCUGCUGUGUCAUCCUGUAGACACACGCACGUGUGGUCCUUCUAUACUGUAGCUGUGAGAACACCCACUGACAUAAUGCAUUGGCCAGCCCCGUGAAUACUAAAUGUGUAACACUAACCUAAACGUAAUUCUAACCUCA